UAAUAAAUGAAAUUGACAAUUCAACAAGCGAACAAAAUUGCGAAGCAAAAGUGUCAGUUUUGUUGCUGAUAAAGUGUUUUUUUUUUAAUUCUAUAAAAACUGUCUAAGUCGUUCAAGGUGUCUUUUUUUUGGAUUUAAGUUAGAAAACCUCGUCAUGGGUGAUGACGAAGCUUCAACAGCACUUGGCACUGUUGAAGGAAGAAUAUAGUAAACUUCAGAGUCAUUGUACAGAAGUGGAACGCAAGUAUACUUUGGUAGCUGCAUCAGCCGGCGACCUGAGUGAGACCAGCUUCGUGGCCCGUCUUCUUAUGACAGUUGCUUCACUAUAUGGUAGAGACACCUAUUCGGACAUCUCAAUUAAACUGCAGAGCAAGUGUAUGCCCGGGCACAAAUUUGUAUUGAAUGCAAGAUCAGAUGAUUGGAAUGAAGAGGCACUGAGAAAUGUUGAAGAACUAGGUACAUUAUAUAAACAAUAUACUAAUAUAGGUACAGUUGCAUGUCAGAUUACCACAAUACAUCAAAUUUUUUUCAAAGUCAACCCUCAAAACAUUAAGUUUAAAAUCAAGUGGUGAAAUUUGAUAGAUUUUUAGACUGAUGUGCUGUUACAUAUAUAUAAGACAAUUUACCUUAUCUACUAAGUAAGUCAAUAUUAAAAUAAAAUAUUAUUUAAAUUUUUCAGAUUGGUCAAAUUUACCUGAUGAUAUAGGAGCAGCUCUUCUCAAAUGGCUUUAUACUGAUGUUGUGGACCUCACUAGAGGAGACACAUUUGCAUUACAACUAAUGAAAUCUGCUGCUAAUUUUAAACUUCAUGGACUGGUCAACAAGUGUGAACAAGCGCUUAUUACUACUGUUGGUGUUAGAACUUGUGUAAAAUUUUAUUCAGCUGCAGAUGAAAUUGGAGCAGGGGCAUUGAAAGAGCACUGUUCUGGACUUAUAUCAGCACAUUGGGAUGAUUUGACUGGCGAGGAUUUCGCACACAUGUCUUCAGCCCUGCUGUACCGCAUGCUGAAAAGCAAAACGUCACAACCGCUCCAUGGUGCUGUACGCUUACUGAGGGAAGAUGUCGUCUUCCUCUGCCUAGUUGAAAACCACGCUAAUUUGACGGAUAUAGUGAAUGCUAUGUCAUCUCGUGGCGAGCUGCCACUGGAAUUGGCUCUGCGCGGGCGCAGUGCCUCUAUAGCGACGACCUUACUGCAGCACUGUGCCGACGCAGAUGCGCGCGGUCCCAGAGGACGUACGCUAUUACAUAGAGCGAUAGACGCGAGAGAUGCAUUCUCCGCCAAAUUCCUCGUCGAAAAUGGCACUGACCCUAAUCUUACUACAAAAGAGGAAAGUGACACUGCUCUUCACCUCAUAGCAGCACUCACAUCAAGUUCCUGUGACGAAGACACCAUGGAUCAGAUGGCUGAAAUAGCUGAAACAAUGAUCGAGAAAGGUGCUGAUAUAAAUAGACAAAAUAGGAAAGGAUUUACACCUCUACAUCAGGCGGUAAUAGCGAGAAAUCAAAGGAUAUUCGACCUUCUUCUCAAACAAACUACAUUGGAUACAAACCUCCGGACCAUUACUGACGAACACCCGCCCUUGUACUACGCACUAGUUGACGACAGACGCGCCUCUAUCUCAUCAAGCGAGACUUUAGUCAUGAACGGGUCCAAUCCGUUCGAUACACCGGUGACGAAUAAAAAUGCUUUUACUGAGGAUCCAGUGGAAGGCAAAACGGAAAGCAUCUUGGAACGAGGAUUUGCGGCGAAAUUGCUGCAAAAAGGUUGUCAACCGAAUCCUGUUUACUCCGGCUCUGGCGACAGUCUCUUACAUAUUUUAGCUCAGGGAUGGUUCGAAGACUCUGCGGUGUUCCUUACCAGCCAUUUGAACGGUGAACUGAAUCAUUCAAAUGAAGCGGGCAUGACAGUGUUACACGCGGCCUGCGCUAAUGGCCUCGCGAGACUCACUACUGCGUUACUGGAACAUGGCGCGAGGCCAAAUAUGCAGACUUCAUACGGGGAGCAGGAGGAUACUGUAUACAGACAAACACCUCUCCACUUGGCUGUACUAAACAACCAGGAAGGGGCGGUGCAAGCAAUAAUAGAGUUUAAGAAACAAGUGGAAAAGGGCGAAUUUCCUUCGACCGAUCGUAGCAACGUCAGCUUGGUCCCUAAUCUCAAUCUUAAGAAUUCUGAGGGUGACACACCGGUCAGCCUCGCACUAACAGAAGGUCACAAGAAUCUUAUUAUGCCGCUUAUUGAGGGUGGUGCUGAUCCAAAUAUACGAAACGGGAAAGGGUUUACACUACUGCACCAAGCGAUCAUUGAAGAAGACUCUAGAACUGCUAUUUAUUUGUUAGACCACGGUGCCGACAUGGACGCUCUAACCGAAGCAGGUGAAACACCGCUACAACUGUCGAUACACUGCCGCUUGGGCUUAGUGGUGGAAGCAUUGUGCGUGCGAGGCGUGGACAUGAGCAGAUUAGACGCGAAUGGGGUACCGCCCUUAUGGGCAGCACUGGACUCCGGACAAGAAGAAGUCGCUAGCAUAUUAGUUAGAAACGGCGCUGAUGCUGACUGCUGGGGCGCAGGACCCGACGGCUGUCUACAAACCCUCUUACACAAGUAAGUUUACAUUUGCAAUAGCUUUUUAUUUUCAGCUUUAUUCACUUGUAAUUACGCCUACAAUUACGUUGACGAUCAUGUGAUCCAUUGAUUAUUAGGUGCCUCCUGAA